AGUGUGUUGACGAGGGAGGAGGCAGGAGGAAGCCGAUCACGUCCGGAGCGUGUUAGGAGGAGAGAGAGGACGCGCGCACGUUGACUCGUUAGAAAAAGGGGGGGAAAGAAUAAGCUGGCGAUCGGUUGGAAGGGCGGUGCGUUUCGGUGCGAGUGUCAUUGCAGACAUGGGUCGCCGCGGCACGACACCUUGCCUUGAGCUCCUUGGGGGGUGUUUUCGCUGUCAGUCCUUCGGCUCUGCAAAUGGCGAUGUGCUGCUGAUGCUACCGCUGCCGAGCCCGGGAGACGCAGCCAAGGCGGCGGAUGCCAGGGAAUAAUAAGACUCAUAUAUGAUCACCUGCGCUUUCCUUUGCCUGGGAUUUUCCGUAGCGGUGGACGGUACCAUGGUGAAUUACCAGAAAUACAUUACUGUGAUGCAGCUGGCUCUGGGGGUGACCGCCUCCAACAAAGAACAUUGUCUUCCACCCAGGAAGCGAAUGUGGAUACACCCCAGCCCGACCGCUGGCUCCGUCACAGCCGCCUCUUCUGCAAGCACCGUUCAGGGCAAACCGUCACUCCGCCGCAUCAAGGGCCGAAUUCACAGGAGCAAGAGCCUGGACAGCAUCGACCUCCUGGACUCCAAUAGCGCAGCAAUGGAGGAGACUGUCAUUUGGGAACAGCACACUGUAACACUGCACAGGGCACCAGGGUUUGGUUUCGGGAUAGCCAUAUCAGGAGGCCGAGAUAACCCUCAUUUUCAGAGUGGCGAAACCUCCAUUGUCAUCUCAGAUGUGCUGAAAGGUGGCCCGGCUGAAGGGCUACUCCAGGAAAAUGACCGAGUUGUCAUGGUCAAUGCCGUGUCCAUGGAUAAUGUGGAACACGCCUAUGCAGUUCAGCAGCUUCGUAAAAGUGGGAAAAUUGCCAAAAUUACAAUCAGACGAAAGAGGAAAGUUCACGUCCCAUUGGGUCGCCUUGGGGAGCGGGAAACGAUGUCGGAGCAUGAUGAGGAAGAGGACAGCUACGAUGAAGAGAUAUACGAGACGCGGAGUGGACGGAGUGGCGCCUACAGCAGUAUGGGCGGAGCCAUGGGCAGGCGCAGCGGCCGGAGCUGCGGCCGAAGGGACAGGGAACGUGAACGUAGUGGCUCACGGGAGAGAAGUCUUUCACCGCGGUCGGAUCGCCGCUCACACAACCUGCCUCCGCGCCCUGCUAAGGUCACGCUGGUGAAAUCGCGCAAAAAUGAAGCAGAGUAUGGCCUGCGCUUGGCCAGCCACAUCUUCGUCAAGGACAUCUCCCCCGAGAGCCUAGCAGCCAGGGAUGGCAACAUCCAGGAGGGUGAUGUUGUACUGAAGAUCAAUGGCACCGUGACCGAGAACCUCUCCUUGAUCGACGCCAAGAAGCUGAUAGAAAGGUCAAAGGGCAAGCUAAAAAUGGUUGUUCAGAGAGAUGACAGGGCGACCUUGCUGAACAUCCCUGACCUCGAUGACAGCAUUCCUUCAGCCAAUGCCUCCGACAGAGACGACAUUUCAGAUAUCCAUUCUCUGGCAUCCGACCAUUCCAAUCGAUCGCACGACAGACUUCGUAGCAGCCGCUCCCGCUCUCCAGACAGACGAUCGGAACCCUCAGACCACUCCAGACACUCGCCACCUCAAAUCAGCAAUGGCAGUCACAGAAGUCGAGAUGAAGAGCGGCUAUCAAAAGGGGCUUCAACACCAGCAAAGCUUUCGGAGGAAAUUCCUCUGCCCAAGCCGAAAGAGCCAACUCUCACUAGAGAUGAGAAACUACUUCCGCCGCUCCCAGAGCCGAAGCCAGUGUACGCCCAGCCUGGACAGCCAGACGUGGACCUGCCUGUCAGCCCCUCCGAUGCCCCUGUGCCAAGUGCUGCUCACGAUGACAGCAUCCUUAGGCCAAGCAUGAAGCUGGUCAAGUUCAAAAAGGGUGAGAGUGUGGGGCUGCGGCUCGCAGGAGGGAAUGAUGUUGGCAUCUUUGUUGCUGGAGUGCUGGAGGAUAGUCCGGCUGCGAAGGAGGGCCUGGAGGAGGGUGACCAAAUUCUCAGGGUAAACAACGUAGAUUUUGCAAACAUAAUCCGAGAGGAGGCAGUGCUGUUCCUCCUGGAUCUUCCUAAAGGUGAAGAGGUCACCAUUUUGGCUCAAAAGAAGAAAGAUGUCUAUCGGCGGAUCGUGGAGUCUGAUGUGGGUGACUCCUUUUACAUCCGGACCCACUUUGAGUACGAGAAGGAAUCUCCAUACGGGUUAAGCUUUAACAAGGGCGAGGUGUUCCGUGUGGUGGAUACCCUCUACAAUGGCAAGUUGGGUUCCUGGCUCGCGAUUCGCAUUGGCAAGAACCACCAGGAGGUGGAGAGGGGCAUCAUCCCCAACAAAAACAGAGCGGAGCAGCUCUCCAGCGUGCAAUACACACUCCCCAAAACAGCCGGCGGCGACAGGGCGGACUUCUGGAGGUUCCGUGGUCUUCGCAGUUCAAAGAGGAACCUCAGGAAGAGCCGAGAAGAUCUUUCCUCUCAGCCAGUCCAGACAAAGUUCCCAGCCUACGAGAGGGUUGUAUUGAGAGAAGCUGGUUUCUUAAGACCUGUUGUGAUAUUUGGACCUAUUGCCGAUGUCGCACGGGAAAAACUCGCCAGAGAAGAGCCAGAUCUUUUUGAGCUUGCAAAGAGCGAGCCCAGAGAUGCAGGUACCGACCAGCGCAGUUCAGGAAUUAUUCGUCUUCACACCAUCAAACAAAUCAUAGAUAGAGACAAACACGCUGUGCUGGACAUCACCCCGAAUGCUGUGGACAGGCUGAACUAUGCUCAGUGGUACCCAAUCGUAGUCUUCCUAAAUCCCGACAACAAGCAGGGUGUGAAGAACAUGAGGACAAGGCUGUGUCCAGAGUCCCGGAAAAGUGCCAGGAAGCUGUACGAACGAGCCAUCAAGCUGAGGAAGAAUAAUCAUCACCUGUUCACCACCACCAUUAACUUGAACAACAUGAAUGACGGUUGGUACGGAGCUCUUAAGGAGACCAUCCAGCAGCAACAGAACCAGCUGGUGUGGGUGUCUGAGGGAAAGGCGGAUGGCACCACGGAAGAUGACUUGGAUAUCCACGACGACCGUCUGUCCUACCUGUCAGCUCCAGGGAGCGAGUACUCCAUGUACAGCACGGACAGCCGCCACACAUCGGACUACGAAGACACGGACACGGAGGGCGGAGCCUACACGGACCAGGAGCUCGACGAGACCUUGAAUGACGAGGUGGGUCUGCCCACGGAGCCCGCCAUCACACGGUCUUCCGAACCUGUGAGGGAAGAUCCACCCGUCAUUCAGGACACCCCUGGUUACCCCGGAUACCAGCACCCGGUGCCACCCGAUCCAACUAAUCGUAUCGACCCCACUGGCUUCAAGAUGCCAUCUCCGCAGCAGCAAGAGGAGGCUUCUCUGCCCAUGCUCUCCUUGCCUGCAGCGGUGGUAGCGCCCCCUGCUGUUGAGCAGCCCGUACAGCUAGAGGGUUUGCACCUAGAGGAGCCCCCUGCUGCAGCCGCAGCUCCUCAGGCUGACUCACUUAGCAGCCCCAGUCCUGCCCCUGAGCUUUUUCAGCCCCCACCACCACCACAUGAACCCCACCCGUCUGGACCGCCUGGUCCAGAACCAAAGAUGUACAAGAAAGACUUGUACAAUAUGGAGGAACCUGUGCGAAUGAACCACGGCCUGAAGCAGUCUAUGAGCUACAGUCACCAGCUAUCAUACCAGGACAAGCAGCCAUACCGAGAAUACGACCACCCGCCUUACGGUUACGAUGGAGGCGGCUACGCAGAACCAAAGUCUCACAACGCUGACUCUCACAUGCACUACGACAACCGUGUGCCUCAUUACAACGAACACUGGUCCCCCUACGACCAGCAGACCUCGCCCUCCCAGCCCCCGGGUUACCAGCCGGCCCACCAGCAACACAUCGGCUACAACCACCGCUCGCCGUACGAGGAUGGCCCAAGUAGGGACUACAGCCCUCCUCAGCCUCGAUAUGAAGACUCCCUUCCUGUGGGAUACGAUAGCAGAGCACGCCACACUAAGCCUGCGCCAAUUCGUUACGAUGAUCUGCCUCCACCACCGCCACCUGUAAGCUACGAUGCCCGCUCUACUUAUGAGGCAGAUACUCUCAGCUUUCCCAUCAACUCGCCUCGGUCUCCAGAACCGCCAAAGCAGUAUUACGGUGACUCUGGUCUAAGGCCAUCCUACAUUCCUGGUCCACAUCGUGGCUUCAAGGCAGGGAUACAUGAGCCUGUGAUGAACUGUGAACCACCAAUUCUUCCUCCGAAAACAGAGGCCCUCACAUCCCCUGGUGAGCCAGCAGUCACUCCUGGAUCCAAACCCUUGCCACCCCUCCAACGGGAAGACCCGGAGGAGGACCCGGCCAUGAAACCGCAGUCAGUCCUCAACAGAGUAAAGAUGUUUGAAAAUAAACGGUCCGUUUCGAUGGACAGGGCGAAGGAAGGAGAAUCGUCAGUUCUCAGGGUACCUAGCUCUUAAAUUACCGUAUUUUCCGCACUAUAGGGCGCACCAAAAAGUCUUCCAUUUUCUUAAAAGUUCACCGAGCGCCUUA